AUGGCUGCAAAGUGCAUCAUCGACUCCCGCACUUGUCUGUCCCACGAGACGCAGCCACCCACAAACCUUCUCGGGACCUCCUCGGGACGCUCCACAGCGAUGCGCUCCAGGCCCAGCACUCUGUCCGCCCCUAUCAUUGUGGCGCCCUUAGACUCUCAGCUCUUGCAAGCGAGAAGGCGCAAUUCCAGAACCGUGAGACGCGGCACAGUCUCACUGUACACAGGUGUUAUUGCAGCACACAGACCAGGAAGAUUUUUCCUCGCGGCGAUCCAGAAAGCAGCCACGCCCAACAGACAUGGCUUUGCGACGAAGAAAGGCCGCUGGGAGGCAAAUUGCAUGAUGGGCAGCACACUGAGCUUCCCAACACACACAAGAGAGCCUGUCCCCGGCGGCGUGGCACCCCCAAACAACGCCCCUCCACCCCUCCACCAGCGCCUGCAGGGCCUCAGCGUAUUGGCCAGCCACGUCUGCACGCUCAUCGCUCACAGCACGCAACUGGCCAAGUUCGGUGCAAGUGGGCCAUUCACGCUUGGCUUCCCCGCAUCUGUGACGGCACGGAACGAAUGA